ACGGAAAGUGGUCGCCAAAGGCAAGUUCGCACCAGCAGCCGUGUCGUAUGCUGAACAGGUGGGUAAUUAUGCAAUUGUGCUCCAAAGCAGCCCUCGUUUGAUGUAUAGCAAACAGUAGUAACAAUUGAUCUAAGUAGCUCGCCAGGGUUCAAGAAAAGAGCAGUUUGUUUCACUCGAACGGAGCCGCCUUCGGCCAGCCAACAUGUGCUAACCCGGCCUGGAGAAACAUUAAUUUAGUCGUGAUGAGGUGCAAUAGUAGCCAGUCCAAUUUGCAUGGUCUCUGCAGCCGCGGCUUUACUCGAGCUGCUGCGUCGGAAUGCCCUCUAUAGCCACUCGAUGACCAGGAUGUGUCAGCAUGAUGUGUGCCAUACUUCUAAUGUGCGUAUUCUGGUUUGUGCUUGGAGCCGCGUCGCCGCUUGGCGAUGCCCAGACACCAGCAGCGCCUGGCUCUUCAGCAGACACGUCCUCGGAACCCAGAGGCAGUUUGCCCAGGUACCUUCAGUCAGCCGGCUGCGUCCGGCUGUUGGCAAGCUCGGCCGCACAGGGAGGCGGUCCUCUCCAAGUGGGCAUCCGCCUUCCGCAGAAUAGGUUCUGGCUCGAUCGCCUCGUAGGAGAGAUCACGGUCACAGAGGGCAACGGCACAGGUUAUCACGCGCCUGUGCUGUUUCAGCUCCCGGCCGCCAGCGGGCACUCGUCAAAUGCCACAACGACGGAGGCAGCGGAUGCCGCCGACGCUUGGUUGGUGCCGGCGCACGAGCUCUCAGAGCUGAUGGCGCGGGGCGUGGCGGCUGAUGUGGGUCGGCUGCUUCAGGCCGACCGGAGCUCGGGUUGGUGGGAUGUGGCGCCUCAGUACCGGGAGGCGCUGGCGCUGUACGGGGGCACAGUGGCGGCGGUGCCUCUGGGCGCGGGGCCGCUGCUCAUGUUCGUGCGCUCGGACGUGCUGGCGGCGGCAGGACAGCCGGUGCCGCCGCAGUCCUGGCAGGCGCUGCUGGCGUUCGCGGAGCGGUACAGCGGCAUGCGGCGGCCGCACGACCCAGCGCACGCCCUGUGCCUGCCCGCGGGACCAGACUGCACCCGGCUGCACCUGCUGCAUGCUGUGUGGGCGUCUGUGGCUCAGACCCGCGGCCGGCGCCAGGGCCUGUACUUCGACCCCUGGACCGGCGCGCCCCGACUGGACACGGCCGCACUGCACUACGCCCUGCAGCUCGUGGCCAACCUGACCGCGGCGGCGGCGCCGCAGACCCGGGCAGGGUUGCCCGGUGCCGCCGCGGCAUGCGGCGUGGGCACGGCAGCUGCAGCAGCUGACGACGGCUGCAUGUGCACAAGUGCUGCAGACAUCAAUGCUGACAGCACGCCGCUUUCGACCUGCUCAUGUGCUGUGACUCUCAAGGCCGGGACGGACCACAUGCAGGCUAUCCGAGAAUGCAUCCAGGAGGUUGGGCCGGCUGGCGCACGGUACCAGGUGUUCGGUGCGCCUGGAUCCGAAACCGUGUGGAAAGAGGACGACGACACGCUGGCACCCUGCAACGCCGAGACGUGCCCAGGCGCUGAUGUUCUUGAGGCGCUGGAGGUGUCGGCGGCAGCACCCAUUGCUGUAGCCGCUGGAACCGCGGCUGCGCAAGACCUGCCUACUGAUGCUGCCGGAACGGCCCGGCAGGCUCUGGUAAACCGGAGCCCCUGGCUGACCGCGGUGUCCCUUGUCGGCGUGAUAAACAGCAGGUCUUCGCCCGAGGCCCAGAUGCGGUCUUACCUGCUGCUGUCGGCACUGGCGCUGCGGCUCCGAUGCCAGUGGGCUGGCAACAACACGGCAGGGCCCCUCGACGGGUCUGGCGCGCUGGCUCGGAUGGGCCUUAUGGGAGACUGCUAUGCCGGGCAGCUCGAUGCAGCUCAAGCAGCAGCCGCAGCUUCGUCAUCCUAUGAUGCCGCUGCCGAGCUCUGGCGCGAUGUGCUGCGCGUGUCCCGAGCUGAGGCCAUGCACCCCAACGCUGACUGGGACCUUGGCAUGGCGGCGUCACAGCAGCAGCUGCGGACCGUCAUGCUGGGCCUCCUUGCAAACGCAACAUCCUGCGGCGCCCUGCACCUCACCGGCAUCGGCUCGCAGACAUCGGCAGCAGCACCUCCGCCUGCUUCCGACAGCAGCUGCUGGGGCGCAUUGCAAGCCGCGCUACGGGCCGCCCAGGCCCACAUUGCGGCGGCCUACCCGCCGGAAGCUGUGUUGCCUUCCCUGCGCAACGAACUGGACUUGGACCACAAGAUUGCUUCAAAUGCGGUCAUGCAGGCGCCGGAGAAAUCUCUGCAUGAGGUCCACCAGCUGGUGCUGCUCAUCCUGGGCGUCGCCUGUGGCGCGGUGGUGCUAGUAGCGCUGCUGCUGCUGCUGCAGCGGCGGCGGCUAACGCUGUUGGGGCACGUGGUCGCCAAGAUGAUGCCGCAGGCCGGGCGCAGCUCCGCACGCCCUGCGCCAUUCGGCCGAGACAUGUGCCUGGUGGUCACUGACAUCCAAGACUCUACGUCGCUUUGGGAAUGCCUGCCGCCCGCCGAGAUGGAUGCAGCCAUCGACCUUCACCAUGCGUGCCUGCGUACGCUGGUGCUGAAGCACGAGGGCUACGAGAGCGCAACUGAGGGCGAUUCGUUCAUCCUUGCGUUCUGGACGCCGUUCCACGCGCUCGCUUUCGCGCUCGAGGCUCAAACAGCGCUUCUGGACGUGGCAUGGCCGGCUCGGCUGCUGGAGGAGGCUGUGUGCUCUCCCGUAAUCACGUCGCUGGAGCCGGGAUGGCCCUUCAACGCGCCGCGUCCCAGCGACAACACGGCGGAGCACCCGUCAGCUUCCACCGGAAUCCCGUCGUCAACUUUCAUGUCGCCGCGCAGCAGCGCCCCUGCGAGGUUGACCCGGCACGUGGCGAUGGGCUUGAGCCCGCGGUCCAUGGCCACGGCAUGCGGUGCUUCACCCAUACUGGGGUUUGGCGGCUUCAGCCGGGCCUCUUCUCAGCAGGGACCGGAGGGCUUGUCCGCGCUGGAGCAGGGGCGUGGAAGCGAUCUAGGCGGGGAGGGUGCGUCGACACCUCCCUUCCGGCCCAACAGCACGCCAGCCGAGGCGGACGGCAUGGAGUUUCUGCCGGUUACCUCCUAUGGCGUGCUUCGUGAUGUGGGUCGGGAAGAGGAUUUGGCCGCGGCCGCGCAUGAGUACGGCGCCGGCUUGAGCUACAAUAUCCUGAGUGCCGGCUACCUGAGUAUCGGCGCGGAGUCGCACACUGGUACUGGCGUGCUCGGCCUUCAAGAGGGUACGUCGCCGCCAGCGUCCCCGUCGCCGGUGCCGCCGCAACACGCCAUCGGCGGCAGCCCGCUUCAGGAGAUGCUGUGGGCUGCGGCUGCAGUCGGGACCGCCUGCCCCAUGGACCCGAUGGCCCUGGGCGCGGAAUCCGAGCUUGUCGUGCUGCCCGUAGUGCAGCGGACGCACUCUGAAGUCUCGCCGCAGCAGCACCCCCUAAUGGUGGCGGCCCCCAGCAUCGCCCCUACAGCAGUUGCUGGUGAGCUCAAGUCACGCCGGGCCCCACCCCGCAUGCUGCGGCCGGCGCUGGAUUUGCUACUGGGCAGCGGGCGCACAAAGGACGUGCGGCCGUCACUUGAUCUACCCCAGGCUACCAAGCACCCGGCAACGCGUGGGGCCAUCAGUAACCCCCUGUCGUCGUUCGCAGCGACAGCGGUGGUGACUGGUGAGAACUGCCUGGAGGCGGUGGAGGGGGACAGCUGCGGCGGCAACACCGUCACCGCCGCUGCCACCAGGGACAGCAGUCAUGACCGGAGCUACCUCUCCAGCGGCAUGCUUCUUGGCAGAGGCACCAACAACAGCGGCGCCGGGCUGCGUGCUACCACCAGGACUGCUGCAAUGGCAUUUUCCAGCAUACACGGAGACCAGAACGAAAACGCCAACGCAGCGAUCACCACACAAGGAGCUGCACGGUUCUCUACCUCAUCCAUGACGACCGCCCGUGCGGCCGGCGCAGCCCCUGCCUGUACCGUGUCUCCAGAGCAUGAGCCCCAGCUCAACCGCAAUGAGCGACUGGGUGAUUGGCUGCGGCGGGUUGCCGGCAGCCGCUCUAACGCAUCCUCUGCGUCCGGCGCUCCUGGCGCGAAGCCUGGCGACCCCCCGCCCGCCUACCUCAACCGCCAGCGGCGUGAAGCUGCAGAUGACGUGUACGAUUCAGCGACUGAGCACUGCGUCCUUAGGGGCCUGCGGGUGCGGGUAGGUGUGUCGCUGGGGCCCAUCAACCCGGCCGAGAUGUCGCACAAUGCGGCCAGCCAGCGCACCGUAUACGGCGGCGCGGCGGCGGUGCUGGCCAAGGCCGUCAGCGACGCGGCGCACGGCGGCAUGGUCACGCUCACGGGUGACGUGUUCGAGCGGCUCCGGUUUCACACGCCAGCGAAGCUACCAUCUCACUUUGCCAUUCGUGCCGGACGCUUUUCCUUGGGCAGCUGCAGCGGUGAAACGGAUGUGUACACGAUCUGGCCAGAAAGCCUGACCCAGCGGAUGGCGCUUUUGCCGCCGCCCAGGUGCUUGGCAAGCGCGGUAUCGCCCUCCGUCUACGACGCGCCUGUGCGGCGUGCCGCCGUGGCGGUGCUGCACGUGCCUGCGCUGCCUGCGCUCAAGGUGUGGGACGCAGCGGUCACAACGGCCGCGGUGGGCGUGCUGUGCGGCGUGGCGCAGCGGGAGGCCCGCGCACAUGGUGGCUACCUGGUGCUCACUUCAGCCCAUGAACGGGCGUUGCAGGCGCUUUCCGGCGGCGUGCAGCGGCCAGUGGGGCUGGUGCCGAUGGAACCUCUAAUGGCAGCGUUCAGCACCGCCCUGGACGCCGCCCGCUGGGCGCUGGCGGUGCAGGAGGGCCUGUCGGCGCCGGACUGCCCCUGGCCGCCAGCGCUGCUGCAGCACGAGCUGUGCUGCGAAGCCGUGCUGCCGUUGCUGGAGGAGACGCAUCCCUCAUUAAGCGGUGCCAUGGCGGCAGCGCCGUCGGGGACCCUCACAGUGCAUCCGUUCGUCGGGCAACACCUGCAGCAGACGCAGUCGGCGCACACGCGGCGGCGCUCCUACGACCGGCCCUCCCUCACAGGGCUGAUGUCGUCCUCCUCUGCGGGAAGGUGGCUACAGGGCCACAUGCCCAUGCGCAGACCCGGCGGCUCACAGUCAGCCGCCGGGGACGCGCUCAACAGCGGCAGCAGCGUUGCUGCGCUGCAGCUCCAGCCUCUGACCUCGCCAGCAUCACCGCAGACAGGCAGCCCUCGUGCCAAUCCUGCGACGCUGACCAUCGCCCCACCCGUUCUGCCCGAAGCCCUUCGCUACUUGCCUGCUGGCCGCAACAGCAGGGUGUCGACACCCCUGCCGGCCAGCUCGUGCAUCGUCACUAUGCCUCCGGCGAUGUUGCGCAAGCGAGGGAGCGCCGACACUGCCACGGCCCAGCUCAUACUCAACCAGCAGCACCGCGCCGUAAUGCUGCACAACUCGGCUCUGCUGCGCGCGCAAUCGUACGCCUCGGUACGUUCCGUGGUCAACCAGUCCACCGGAACCGGCUGUGGGCCUGCGGAGACUGCGGCGUCUGGCCUGGGCAUGCAAGCGCCUCAAAGCCCCACGGAACGCGCGUGCCACAGCCAGGCCAGCGACGAGCACACGGACAGCGCGCCGCUGCCCGUUCUCGGCACAUCCGCAACAACCAGCAGCGCCUUCAGCGGCGCCAUGUCCAACCCUAUCUCCGCCCAAUACGCUGCUUCUGCUGCGAUGGCGGCUGCAGGUCCUAUGAUGCUGGGCGCGCUGGGGCUGCCGUCGGCCUGGCCCCGGCACAUGUACGCGCGCCCGAACACGGCCUGGAGGCCGGUGCUGGAUGUCGCCGAGGAGCGGUCCGGAGGAAGCUCGGAUGAGCCGGAUGAAGUUGCGGGCGGUGCUGACCGGGACGGCUCGCAUCUCAGCCGGAACGGGCGCCUGGCGUCGCCAGGCGGCGGCGUGUGGCCCAGCACCUCAGCCGCAGCACCCUUUAGCACCAGCAUGAUUGGUGGUGGACGUGCCAGCCUUGAUUCUGCACUCACGUCAGCAAGGUCAGAUGCGGGCCCCAUCAUGUCUGGCGAGGAGCCCACACCGUCACUCCAGACCAGACAGCUGGGGCAGGGCAGGGCACCUUCCAUGGACGCCGGCGCGCGAUCAUUCCAUAGCAGGCCUUCGCAGGGCCACCUCCAGGCGGCGCAGCUCGAUGUGGCGCAGCAGGCGCGGCCUCCGUUGGGCCGGCUACCGUCAGUCUCCAAGUUGCUGCUACGACCAGCUCCAGCUGCAGCCGGCCUCAGCCAGGUGGACAUCUCGUCUGCUAAUGGCAGCGUAUUCAACUAUGCCGCAGCCAGUGACGAGCCAGACACCAACCGCAGGGUUCCAAGCAAACACCACUCUCCCCUGCCGGCCGACAGCGACGCCGGCGGCGCAAGCCAGCCGUCCCCAACUACCGUGUCUCAGCGGGCAUCGCUAUGCCGCGAUGCCACGGUCUUAGGGAGAGGCGCGAGUGGCGCCGAAGGUCGGCUGGAUACGGAGCCCAGUGUGGCGGCGUCGCCGCUCCUGGGCGGCGGAAGCGAGGUCGAGGGAUAUGGCGGUGACGUCCCGCCGUCGCCAUUCAGCGCGGUGGCGGGUGCGGAUGCCAUCCGAGACGCCGCCCCUGGGUGGACUCUGCUGGUCCGCGGUCUCAGGGUCCAGGUGGGCAUUGACGUGGGAACGGUUGGGUGGUGCGUGCCGCCCGCCACUGCGCGCCUCGCCUACACGGGCCACCCCGUCCUGCGCGCUGAGAAGCUUGCGCACCGGGCGCGUCCAGGCCAAGUGGUGCUCAGCGAGCGUGCCAACGAGCAAGUGGGCGCCACACAGCUUGCGCAGAUGGAGGAGUGGAUGGACGGCACCCAGACGCAGGGCGGCUUCCAGCUCAGCCCCCGACCCAGCCAACAGCAUCUGCACCAGCAGUCGCAUGCUCCGGCUGAGAUUGCGGAGGCUGCUUCGGCGGAGCAAGGCCUCCGCACGCUCGGGCGGCCGCUGAUGACGGCGCAGCUGCCCAAGCCGACCAAUCGGCUGCGCCGGUCACAGAAGCGCUCCGCGUUCGUAUGCAGGUUCACACGAUGGGACCAGGCGUUUGGGGCCAUGUACGCGCAGGUCUGUUCACCGCCGCAGCCGGUGUCCACGUCUGCGCAGCUGUACGGCACCCUUCAGGGCAGCCCAGGCGCCCCUCGCGCGGCUAGCCAGGGCGGCGGCGCGCUGCAUGCACGCAUUCUCGCCGGCCGUGGCGGCUCGCCGGCGGCGUCGCAGCUAUCGCGUGAGGGUAGCUUGGCCUACGGCGUCGCCGCCCCUGGUCGCAGCCCUGCAAGCCACACGUCGCCGCGGUCGUCCGCGGUUGGGAUGAUGGAGGGCAUGCUGUCCGGCAUCCACAAAAUGGCGUCGGGCGCGCUCAUUGGCGAGGGUGUUGGAGGCGGCGACGGCCUCUGGCUGGGGUCGGCACCACGCAUUCGGACGCCUCCGCACACGCCGCUGGGCGGUGCCAGCCACGGCGGCCGAUCGCGGUUGUCCAACGCUGGCGCUGUGCUCGCCUCGGCCGCCACCCGGCUGCUCAGUGGCGGCUCCGCCGCAGCGGCCGCGGCUGCUGCCGCGUUUGGCGGCUCCAAAGUGGACGAAUCUUCUGGCAGCGGUGUUGCAGGCAGCAGUGCCUCGAGGCUGCAUGUCAGCAGCUUCCAGGCUGCCGUUCAGGCUGGGCGCGAGCGAGCUGCCGCCACAUCGACAAGCAAUGUCAUUGCACAAGGCGGCAUGUCACGGUCACAAGGCGGCAUGCUCGACAUUGGACACCAGCAACCCGUGCCGCAGCUUAUUCCCGCGUCCGCGCCAACCUCCCCAGCUGGCUCCUUCGGCAACAACUGGCCGCAGGCGGCGAGCACGCAGCACGCGCCUAGCAGGUCGACGCAGGCCCUGCUCCAGCAGACCGUGUCUGGAUGGGGCGGAGCCAGCCCACCGCUGCACGACCCGCACCCGGCACUGGGGGCCAGCGGUAGCGGCAACUGGGCGAGCAUGGGCGGCGCAACCAUGCCGCUGGUGAUGUGCACGCGCCUUGAUGAGCUGGACGAUGGCUGUGGCGCCGAGUCUGGCGCCAGCAGAAGGCAAAUGCGGGGACGACAACACGUAGAAGGUGCAGGAGCCCGCAGCACCGGAGUGGGGCCUGUGCCCGAGGGCGUGGUCGGUCACACGGACUUGGACGAGCUCAUGUGGCCGCCGGGCGUGCAUGGCGGCAGCGCCAGUGGCGUGGGUGGCAUACGUGGUGGGGCCAUGGCUGCCACCGCAUCUCAGCAGCAGCAAGGUCAGGCGCACGCGCACAAGCAAUCGUCGCAGGCGUUGGCGCCGCACCCCGUGUCGCAAGGCCGGCCCCGCGCAGACGCGACGCCGCAGAUGCAUCCCAUGGAGAUGCUCCGCGGCCAGUCUGACUUCCUUGACUCGGAUCGCGCCAACGGUGCAGCAGACCUCACAAGUGUGGCGCGGCCCUGUUCGGGCCAGGCCAGUCAGCAGGCGCCGCCAGACCACCACGCAGCCCCUGGAGUCGCGGGCGAGCGCUCCGCAGCCCGCGCGUGGCUCCGAGUGUCAGGCUGGCAGCCGCAGGGCCCUGCCCUUGCGCGGCUGCCCUCCGGGUAUCCUCUCUCCGCGCCCACGGUGCCGGCGGGGCAGCCGGGCCCGAAAGCUACGGCUGCAAUUGCUAAGGCUGCGCUCGCGCCGGAGCCGCGGCUGCAGGUGCAGCCGGCUGCUCCAGCUCCGCAACACUUGACGGUGGAUGAAGCGCCGCUGCCCAAUGGGGCGGCCGUGCUGCCGGCCCCGCUGCGGGCACUGCAGCAGCAGGUGUCGAGUGAGGCAGUAAGCACGUCCUCGAGCGUGACCUUCACGGCGCCCCCGCUAAUUGACCAGCAGCAGGAGGAGGGCGUGGCGGGCAGCACCGAGCUCUGGCCGCGGCGCUACGUCCCCGUGCUCGUGUCAUCCUCGCUCGCACCAGGACACCGCGGCUCGCGCAUCCUAACGCAGCUAGGCGGCGGCAGUAGUGGCAGCCCCAGUGGCAGCGGCGGUGGCCAGGCACCGCGCAAGCCCGCAGUACGGCAGCUGCUGCCCGACGAUGGCGAGAUGGACGUCGACCUUUUGACAAGGCGGCACAGCGGCACCCCGGGCAGCGGAAGCGGGAGCGCCGGCAGCAGCGCCCUCAGCUUCGGCAAGAGCGUUGCCUUUGGGGUGGAAAGCGGGCUAGCCUUUGGAGGACUGGCUGCGGCUGCGGAGGCUGACCUUGUUGCACGGCACUCGCACGUGCUGCCAGGCCUACCGGAGGAGGCUUGCGUUUUGGGAGGGGAUAGCGGGAGCUUGCCAAUGGCGCCGCCACUGCAUGGGUUGACUGGGAAGAGCGGCAGCAGCGGGAGCAGCGGGAGCCAUGGAAGCCACGGCCGCGGCGUGGGACCUGCGCGCCGGCACACCAGGCACGCAGUCGCGCAUGCCCGAGAUGCAUGGUCCCCGCCAGCAAUGGCGGUAACGUAUGAAAGCAGCCCACGCUCGCAGCAACACGAGAUCGACCGCUUCUUUGCCAGCGGCGGCGCGUGCCACGCCGCGGGUGCGAUUUCUACAGCGCCGGCACACCACCCGGCACCGCGGUGCGGCCACGCUGGAGAUCAGGAGGAGCAGGAGGAGCUGGAUGCCGGCAGCAUGCAACAACCUGUUUCUUCAGACCAUGUGUUGCUCACAAUGGAUGGGCUGGUGGAUACCGCCGCCGCCGGUGGCCGGCUGAGCGUCCGCGGCACCCAGCAGCUCAGCAGCCUUGAGUUCUGGGUUGGCGCCGCCAGUGGCGGAGCACACACCGGCGCCACACAAACCGCGCCUGCUGCUGCGGCACCAGGUGUUGAGGCUCGUGAGUAUGCCAACGGCGCAGGAGGAGGUAUCGGCAGUGCUCCAAUGGGUGCCGUUGUUGGCCUUCACGCAUGACUCUUCACGGGAGGACUACGUAACAUAUGUAUGCAACGAAACGAGAAGCGUGGGUCAGAAAUCUGCGUCACCGAACAAAUUUAAAUUUUCAUACGCCGAUCUCAACCGUUAUCGGUGAUCUGUUCUCAUGCUUUCGGGUUCUGUUGAGCCACAGAGGCUUUAAUUCAUACAGCAGGCAGGCAGGCGUCUUGAGAAUUAUUGUAAGUUGCGUGCAGCGCUAGCUGCUCAUGUUGGCGAGAAUCUUGCGGCGAGAGAAGAACUGUACCAUGGAAUGCUUGACCUAUCGGCUGUGCGUGCCGCAGGUGGCGAUGUUGUUGGUUAGUUGUACGGCUCGUACGGUAUCUUGGUCAAAGGCUCAUCACUUUGGCGUAAACUAGGCGUACAAGGGUUCUUGUAUGUGGGCUGCAUAUAACAGCGCUCAUGCCGCUGCCACCAGGUUUGAGUAGCAGCUGAAGAAAGUGACUAAAGGCUGCGGUGUUAGAGCUCUGCCGCCUCUGGGUGAUGGCCCGCGCUUGCUUGGUGUUGGGCUAGAUUAGUGCGACCUGCCACUUUAGAGGUAGAGCUUGCGGCUAUAGCUGACGGUGUAAAUUGGUGCGAAACAUUGCAAAAAUAUCCGGGUACGAUCCGGGUACGUGGUGGGUUACAUGGCUGAACGUGAGCUUCACGUCCUACUGGAUUGGCGGCGGAGAGAAGCCGGGCAGGAUGCGCGGUGUCGUGGGAUAAACUCUUGCUUGCAUGUGGCUACCAGGUUUCUGGACUCGGCUUGCCCAGCGCACAAUCGCUGUGCCGUACUAAACUUCGCAGUUACCGGUAUACGGACAUAGUCCCCUGCCAGGGACGGCGGCCCUCCUCGUCUUUCCAAGCUAUUUGCUGUUUGAUAUCUGUGCCCAGCACCUGGCUCCUUGGGCACUGUUUCGAAAGGCAUGGCAGCCCUUCUAAGUUGACAAUCGCGCAGGGCUGGACUCAAACGUAAGUUGCCAAGAUCCC